GGACAUGCGUCAUAUAGAGAGUCGGGUGCUGCAUGAGGAAGUAGCCAGUGAGCAAGGCAGCGUUGUUGGAGCUCACACUGAAGCAGGAAGGCGGGUUGUGAAACAGCCUCACGCUGGCGCUGCCAACACAGAUGCUUCACCGAUGUACAGCUUCAACCUGAGCUUCGAGGAGCUGAGCACCGUGGGACUGGACGAACCAGCGCGACGUGGAAACUCUCAGUGGAUGGGUGGAGCUCAUCGCACCGCCAGCAUGACUAGCUUGAACUCCCAGGAGUCAUCUAACGACAUCUCCAAGCUGACUGACAAGCAGCAAUCUGAGUACCGCAGCGCUUACCAGGAGUACAUUGCCCAGAUGGCCCAGCUGGAGAUGGGCGGCGGCGGCGGUGGAGAGAAGCCCAUUCAACCACAGCCGGGACAGUUUAUGACAUCAUCUUCAGAUGACAAGAGUAAGGACAUAGUUGAGCAGGAUGGACACAAACCCUUCACUAAGAGGAGUGGCAGCAAGGUGGUGUCAGACACUGACUUCACCUCCAAUGGCGAUGCCCUCGACCCCAUCACGGAGGAGGAUGAAAAGGGGGACCACAGAUCCUCCAAGUCCCUGCUGACCCACAAAACCUCAGCUGAAAGAGGUGGGCUGUUCCAGGGUGCCGCUGACCUAAAGCUGAAGGCUGGUGGAGGGUUACGUUACCAGAAGCUGACCAGUGAUGACGAGGAGUCUGAGGAGUCAGAUAAUGCCCCCUUGCUGAAAGAUGGCAAGAGGGUUGGAGAACCCAAACUGCCUGGUGGCUCACUGGCACUGAAGGGGAAGGACUACCUGUCGGAUGCCAUGCUAGACAAGAAGGAUUCGUCCGACUCCGGGGUGCGCUCCAACGAGAGCUCCCCCAACCACUCGCUGCAGGAUGAGGAGGCGGACCUUUCACAGCUGGAGAGGGCCAACUUGAUUGAGCUGGACGAGGAGAGCCUGGCCAGGAAGCGAGGUCUUCCCAGCAGCCUCAGUGGCCUCCAGGAUCCAGCUGUCGCUCGCAUGUCUAUAUGCUCCGAGGACCAGUGUAGCCUGCUGGCCAGCAGCCCUGAGGAGAGCUGGCCCUCUUCCAAGACUUACAACCUUAACCGCACUCCGAGCAAUGUGACGCUCAACAACAACACCAAUUCCCAGCAGGGCAACCAUCCCCGCCAGUCUGCAGAGGGUUCUAAGUCCAACCCCACCUCCUCGUCGUCUGCUGAUGUCAUCAUCUCCCCGAGCUCCGGGACCACCGGAUCCUCUGGGACUGCCGCCACCAGACCAGGGCCGAAUAAUGAGAAUGUCCGUGUGGUGCACCUCAAGAGGGGUCUGAAUCCUGGGGACCCGCCAGAAAUCUGCGCCAUGUCCUCCGACACUGUCACCUUUGGCGAGGAGCGCGAGAGCAUCCUUUGACCUCAUCAUAAAAGAUCAAGAGAGCACUGAGGGUCCAGUAGGAGCUGUCUCUCUGCCCUCUGAACAAAUCCGGAGCUUCUGAUCAGAUGAGUUGUAUUUAAAAGUUUGACUUUCAGAGGUCAGAGGAGCGGUUGCUGCUGGUCUGUACGUUUAGUCUUGGUGUUGCAUGCUAACAUUGAUAGAUGUAGAUGAAGCUCAGUAAUGACCUAUAGAAGCUGCUGCAUGUUUUUAUUGUAACAUUUUCUAAUCAGUCAUUUCUGUAAUAGAGAAACAAAAUUCAGUAAUGAGUGAAGCUUAGUUAGAGUCUGAACAUCAGACACAAAGUGAAGCAGAGUUGCUAUUAUUUUAGUGCUGUGUAGUAGCUGCUAUGAGCUAUUAUUGACAUAAGAGUUGUUAGACAUCAAUAUAUGUAUAACAUGUAAGCAUUGCUAAUGAAAAGUGUAGCUGCUCUGAUGUGGUGGUCUUCAGUGAGUGUGCUCGCCAUGUGAUGUCACAUUAAAACACGUAAAACACGUGAAACAUAAAAGAAGCUGUUGACACAUUAAACAUGUUUCAUCAUGAAAAUUUUGGAUUUAGUUAUAAAAAAACGUUUAAAUUUAUUCUGAAAUGUGUUUCUUUCUGCCUCAAGAAAAUACCAGAUUCAUGAAAUGCAAAGUGAUUUUAUACAGUAUGUUUACAUGUUACAUUGCAUGUCAUUUAGCUGAUGUUUUUAUCCAAAUCUUCCAAUUUUUGCAUUCAACAUCUAUGUUGGUCCAUUUAGGGCCCAGCAUCUUUCCCAAGGACACGUCAUCAUGGGUUGGGAUUCGAGCCACUUACCUUCUGGUUUGAGUACAAGCCGCCCUUAGGUAUCAGGUGAUUGAAAUGCAUUGAUUGUUUUGGGCAUUAAUAGAAUUUUGUUUUGUUUUUAAAGCAAUGAGUGGCGCUCAUUAGGGCUGAAACCGAUUCUUGAUCAAAUAUCAAUUGAUAACUGAAUGUUGAUCACAAAUCAAACAUGAAAACCAAUAACCUACGUUUUAGAAUAAACAACUAAAGUAAACAGAGAUAGUGAAAAUGACAUUAACCCUGGUGUCUGUCUACAGUACCCUCCUAAAAAAACCCUCCUAAAACCCUAACCCAUGUUAGCAGACCAAACUAAAAAAGUUAUCGUUACGUGAAUGUUUGUCAUUUCAGGUAGUUCUUAUCUCACUGAUGUUUGUUGAAGUGUUCAUGUGUCUGAUCUGUUUGUUUUAAUUAGUUGAUUGAUGAUGAUACUAUGUUAGUGAUCUUCAUUGGUUCCACAUGAUCAGGAAGGAAACUGGUCAAAGUAUAAUCCUGAAGAGUAAAAAGAAUUAUUGAUACCAAUGAUGAUUAUUUGACUAUUUAAUAAUAUUGAUCAAUGUCAGAUCUGCUGAAGAUGCAUGUUGAUGUAACAGAUGUUCAAGAUGUUUUCCAGUGUUGUGCUUGUGUUCGUCACCUUAGUGCUGCUCUGAUCAUGUGACCUUA